CCGCGGUCGUUAUGUGGAACGACUAAAGGAGCAUUUUGAUCGUUGUGAGCGCUUAGUGGAACGCACCGAAUAUCGUUCGUUUUUAAUUGAAUAUGGAUCCUGCUAUCUUUCCUGAAGAAAUUUGGAUUAAAAUUUUACUACAUUGCGAUAUACUUGAUAUUAUUACAUUUAGUAGUACCUGUAAAUAUUUAAGAACAAUAUCAAGCAGCGAAUACUUAUGGAAAAUAAAAUGGUUACAGUUAUUAUCGCAAGUUCAGUUUCAGUUACCUAGCAUAAAGCAGUUGCAAUCACAUUCUGUCAAUUUUAAAGGAAUGUGUUAUAGAUUGCAUAUGAUAAUUACAUUAGGUAAAGAUCUGAAAUUUCAAAAGUGUUACUAUUGCUAUGAAUAUACAUGUAAAAGAGAUUGCGAGAAAAUAUUAAAUAGUGAACUUAUAAUUGAAAUAGGGAAUAAAUAUACACGGACAAUGUUUACACGAAGCCUAAUUUCACUGUUCAAGUUUUUUUCUAUUAUUUCUUUCCCAACAAAUUUUAGUAAAAAACAUGAGGAGGAGGAACAAAUAAUUAAUAUACAAAAAUGUAAUAUAGCAGUAAUGUCAAAAAAUAAAAUUAAAGACUAUUACAAACUUAGGAAUGAUUAUUGUACAGACAUCAAAAAAAUUCGGAAUAUACCAAAUAUUGAAAUAUUAAAUCCAGCUAAAGCUUUAUUAAAUAGUGAAAACUUUUUAGUUCUUAAAGUAUUUCUCGAUCGUUUGUUUCAUAAAAUAAGUUCCCCCUUUGAGAUGUUAGGUGCGUCACUCGUGUUUUGUGAGCCAUUAGGCACACAUCCUACAUUAAGGAAGCAACUAUUGCAUUAUUUAUUUCAAGAAGUUAAACUAGCAAGAGUAUGUUUGGUUCCAAAACCUUUAUUAGCAUGUGUUAUGUUGGAUAUAAAAACAUGUAUUGUAGUUGAUAGUGGUGCACUAAGUACUACAGUUGCUGUAGUAAUUAACGGAAGAGUUAUGCCUCAACGAUGGAAAUUAUUACCAAUAGGUGGUUGGCAUGUGGCUUAUCACUUAAAACAAGCUAUGCGCAGAAAACCAAAAGAAUAUCAUCAAAUUCCAUUAUUAUGCCUUGAUUUUGUAGCUAUAAAAAACAAAUGUAGAUUGAGUUAUGAUAUUAAAAACGAGGAAAGAGAAGGAGGACAGAAAAUAAACGAAUACAUUAAUCUUAGAGCUAACGGCUUUUUUGAAUUUGAGAAAUUUAAGCCCAUCAUGCCUAAAGAAAAAAUUAAGCCCAUCUAUCAAAAAAUUUCAUUAGGUUCAGAAUUAUAUAUUGCACCUGAAAUGAUGUACGUUAGCCUUGGAUUACCAAAAGUAAUAAAAGAAGUUACAUCCGGUUUGUCGGAAGAUAUUAUGCACGAUUGCUUUUCGCAUAUUAUGCUUUAUGGAGGUAAUACAUCUCUAUCUGGUUUUAAAUUGAGAUUAAUUAAGGAUUUGCGAGAACUGUUCCCUGAAUAUAGUGAAAUUUUGGAAGUACAAAAUUGUCAUAGUGAUGAUACUGAUGAUUCGAUAUAUUAUGAAUAUCUGUCAUCAUAUAUAUCUUUAACUAUGCACUCAGAUAAAACACCACCCGAAUAUGUAGAAGGUUAUCCUUAUUGGUUAUCACGAGAGGAAUAUAUAUUGUUUGGAUGUGAUUCAUUAGGAUAAUAAGCACGAUAAUAAGUAUAUUUGUAAAUGAAUGUGUUGUAAAAUGCAUAGAGAAAAAGUUAUAGUAUUAAAUUUUUAUUUACAUCAG